AUGCAACAGCUUUAGAAAGGUGCUUUAUUUUAAAUCCCAUUUACACGGUACAUGAAUUAAAUUGAUUGUCUAAUUGAUCAGGCUUCUGACUGUUUAUAAACACUAAUUGUUCCUAUGUGGGUGGUGCUAUCUUUCAAGCUGUAACCAUUGCUGGUCGAUUUGUUGAAGCGAGAUUAGAAAGGAAUUAUUUACAUUCUCCGAGGUUUGAAAUAAGAGAUGGACAUCUCUGAGACUUGCUGAAAGCCCGUCUAUCGGAAGAAUUCGCGAAACAAACUGCACACGCUCGAAACUUUGCGGUCAGAGUGCGGAAGAUGGAACCACUCAAAGGACAUGGCUCAGAACUGUCCACGAACAAACAGAGAAACGAACCAUGUUUAUCGUCAAAAGCAGAACGUUUGAAGCCUCCACACUCCUAUAUUGCACUCAUUGCAACUGCGAUUUUAAACUCGCCGGGGAAGAAGCUGACGCUGACAGAAAUAAACGAAUACUUAGUCCAGCAUUACGCUUUCUUUAGAGGUCCCUACCAAGGUUGGAAGAACUCCGUGCGCCACAAUCUGUCGUUCAACAAGUGCUUCGUUAAGAUCCUGCGUGAUCCCGCGCGGCCAUGGGGUAAGGACAAUUACUGGACGGUAAGCUCACUGCAUGAUUACCUGUUGGCAGAUGGGACAUUCCGAAGAAGGCGGAGAAGAAAACCAAAGAAAAAGGAAGACAGAGAAGAUUUCGGACAUGGCUUUACCACUGAGCAGAUCCUACCUAACAGCACCGUGAGAGAGUUUAGUAUCCAAGACGUGGCGCGCAGAAACAUUCUAAUGCUCCCUUCUUAUGAGCCUGUCCGUGUGAACCGGGUACGAUCCACUAAUAUCCCUGCAGUUAACAAGUCUUCGACACCCAAGCCCUUCCACGGAUCGUUCUCUAUCGAAAGCAUUCUAGCUGAUGAGAAAACAUGGGAAAAAGAGGCUUCACUUGAGACAAGGAGAAAGAGUGAGAAAGUGCCUCUUAGAAGUGUGAUUAAUCCAAACAUUGGUUCCCUGGCAGCGCCGAGAAACAUUGGCCACUGCUGCCACCCAGUACUUGAGGCCCCGCUCCAUUUUCAGAGACAGGAACAUUUGUGCGCGCCCAGAGUUCCUAACGCAGCUUUCCCGAACAGCUGUGAAGUGUGGAACACGUGCCACUGUUUCCAUUCGUGUGCAGCCGCUACCACGCACUUUCAUGCUUGUUACGGAUGGAAAAACGAACACAUCUAACUGUAACUACAGUUUAUUGUCAUAUUUGAUGAACUGAGUUACAGAUCGUUUUUUAUGAGGGUUGCUAAAAGAAUUUACUACUUUUGUUAAAGUAAAUUUGUGGAAUAAUUUAUCAGACUGAAGGUUACAAACGAAUUGCAAAAGGUAUUUUUUCUUUUAUAAGUGAAGUGUACAGGACGAGUAUGCAUGUGCAGGUAAAGGACUUAGCUGUACCUAUAUCAUUUUUCAAUUCUCCAAAUUGUUGUUGUAAUUUUUUAAAGGGGAGUGGGUCUUUAACGAUUGCUCCAGGAAAGAGAGGCAAUUUCCUCAACAGUGUGAUAGGCAAAUAGAGGCCCUCACCAUUUUUCAUGCCAAAAGAAAUAUGAUAUAGCUGUACAGAUGUACUACACCAAAAUUACAAUUUGUGGUUCACUGUUUAAUUUGAAAUUUUUCCUAUGGCAUGGAGCACUUGUAUAUAUUAAACAUUAUGAAUAAAAUAUUUUUAUCCGAUUUUU